AUGUUCAGCGCAACCCAAUCGUCCAAGGCCGAGUUCCUGGACAAGGCCCGGCAGGCCCGGGAGGAGCGCCGGGAGCAGAAGGAACGUGAGCAGGCUGCGGUGCGGAUCCAAGCCCUCGUCCGAAGGUUUCUGUGCCGCUGUCGGCUGCAGCGGAAAAUCAGGAGCGAAGUGGAUAAUUUCUUUCACACCAGUGGUCCUGCCAAGAAGACGGCUCUUUCGCUGUUUAAAAUCUCCCGAAAGCUGCUCUUUAUUUUCAAGCUCCCUCAGGACAAAGAGAGAUUUGAAAAGCUGUGCCGCUGCAUCCUUAGCAGCAUGGAGGCAGAAAAUGAUCCUAAAGUGUGGUACGUAUCCCUUGCACUCUCUAAGGAGCUGACUCUCCUAUGGAUCCAGCAAGUGAAGGAUGUGCUAUGGAUUUGCUGUGAAUUUCUGAAGCUGCUCAAGCCAGACAUCUUGCAAGAUUCAAAACUGGUAAAUUUGCACCUCACGAUGCUGGUGACUUUUACAGACACCUCUACCUGGAAAAUCCUGCAGGGAAAAGGAGAAGCCCUGCGCCACGCCAUGAAUCACAUCUGUGCAAAUAUCAUGGGACAUCUCAACCAGAAAGGGUUUUACUCUGUGCUCCAGAUUUUGCUGACAAACGGUUUGGCAAGGUCUCAACCUGCCUUUUCCAAAGGCACCUUAACAGCGGCUUUUUCUCUUGCACUGCGCCCGGUGGUUGCGGCUCAGUUUUCUGACAAUCUCUUGCGAUCCUUUUUGAUCCACAUCAUGUCCGUGCCAGCCAUCACGAGCCAUCUUGCAACACUGACACCGGAGCGCCUGGCAGUGAUGGAAUCCCAGGAUCUCCUGCGCAGGUUCCUGUUGUUCUUGAGCCGGGAAGAGCAAUGCAGAGACGUCUGUGUGUGUCUGGAAGGAAGCCACACGCUCUGCCUUCUGGGCAACCUCAUCUACUUGGGCUCGCUGAAUGAGAAGGUGCUGCAGGAGGAGACCCCCCACUUUGUGAGCGUCCUGACGCAGACGCUCUGCUACUGCCAGAAGUACGUCUCACAGAAGAAGUCCAACCUCACCCACUGGCACCCGGUCCUUGGCUGGUUCUCCCAGACGGUGGAUUAUGGCCUGAACGAGUCGAUGCCUUUGCUCACCAAGCAGCUUCAGCACCUCUGGGGGGCCCACAUGAUCCGGAUCCUCUUCAGCGACGUGCUCAGCAAAAAGCUACUGGAGAGCCAAGAAGCUGCUCGCCAGCACCCGCCAGCCUCCUCCCCACAAAGCAGCCUGCCCGUGAAGAGUCUCUUCAGACGCGCCUUCCAGAAAUCGACCUCCGUCCGCAACAUCCUGAAGCCCAUCGGCGGCAAAAGGGUGGAUUCGGCGGAGGUGCAGAAGGUGUGCAGCAUCUGCGUCCUGUACCAGAUGGCCCUGACCACCUUGACGCAGAUCCGGCUGCAGAUCCUCACAGGCCUCACCUACCUGGACGACCUCCUGCCCAAGCUCUGGGCCCUCAUCUGUGAGCUGGGCCCCCAGGGGGGCCUGAAGGUCUUCCUGGAGUGCUUGAACAACCACACGGAGGAGUCCAAGCGUCUGCUGGCCAUGCUGAUGCUCUUCUGCGACUGCUCGCGCCAUCUGAUCACGAUACUUGACGACAUUGAAGUCUACGAAGAGCAGAUCUCCUUCAAGCUGGAAGAGCUGGUUACGAUCUCCUCUUUCCUGAACUCCUUUGUCUUUAAGAUGAUCUGGGACGGGAUUUUGGAGAAUGCGAAGGGGGAAACCCUGGAGCUCUUCCACUCGGUCCACAGCUGGCUGAUGGUCCUCUACGAGAGGGACUGCCGGCGGCGUUUUGCUCCCGAAGAACACUGGCUGCGCAAGGACCUCAAGCCCAACUUGCUGUUCCAGGAGCUCGACAAAGAUCGCAAGCGAGCCCAGCUGGUCCUGCAGUACAUCCCUCACGUCGUCCCCCACAAAAAUCGGGUUCUUCUCUUCCGGAAUAUGGUCACCAAAGAGAAAGAGCAGCUGGGCUUGGUGGAGACCAGCUCUGCGUCGCCUCACGUCACCCACAUCACGAUCCGUCGGUCCCGCAUGCUGGAGGACGGCUACGAGCAGCUGCGCCAGCUCUCCCAGAACGCCAUGAAGGGCGUCAUCCGGGUGAAGUUUGUGAACGACCUGGGCAUGGACGAAGCGGGCAUCGACCAGGACGGCGUCUUCAAGGAGUUCUUGGAGGAGAUCAUCAAGAAGGUCUUUGACCCAGCGCUCAACCUCUUCAAGACCACCAGCGGGGACGAGAGGCUGUACCCGUCCCCCACCGCUUACAUCCACGAGAACUUCCUGCAGCUCUUUGAGUUUGUCGGGAAGAUGCUUGGAAAAGCUGUUUAUGAGGGAAUUGUGGUGGACGUUCCCUUUGCCUCCUUCUUCCUGAGCCAGUUGCUUGGCCAUCACCACAGCGUCUUCUACAGCUCGGUGGACGAGCUUCCCUCCUUGGACUCCGAGUUCUAUAAGAACCUGACCUCCAUCAAGCGCUACGAAGGAGACACCAGCGACUUGGGCCUAACCCUCUCCUACGAUGAAGACGUGAUGGGCCAGCUUGUGUGCCACGAACUCAUUCCAGGAGGAAAGACCAUCCCCGUGACCAACGAGAACAAGAUCAGCUACAUCCACCUGAUGGCCCACUUCCGCAUGCACACCCAGAUCAAGAACCAGACGGCCGCUUUCAUCAGCGGGUUCCGGUCCAUCAUCAAGCCCGAGUGGAUCCGCGUCUUCUCCGCACCUGAGUUGCAGCGGUUGAUAUCUGGAGACAAUGCCGAGAUCGACCUGGAGGACUUGAAGAAACACACCGUCUACUACGGGGGCUUCCAUGGCAGCCACAGGGUCAUCCUCUGGCUCUGGGACAUCCUUGCCCACGACUUCAGCCCCGAGGAAAGAGCCAUGUUUCUCAAGUUUGUUACCAGUUGCUCCCGGCCGCCACUCCUGGGCUUCGUCUACCUCAAGCCCCCCUUCUCCAUCCGGUGCGUGGAAGUGUCGGACGACCAGGACACGGGGGACACCCUGGGCAGCGUUCUGCGGGGCUUCUUCACCAUCCGGAAGAAGGAGCCGGGGGGGCGCCUGCCCACUUCCUCCACCUGUUUCAACCUCCUGAAGCUGCCCAACUACAGCAAGAAGAGCGUCCUGAGGGAGAAGCUGCGCUACGCCAUCAGCAUGAACACGGGCUUUGAGCUCUCGUAGCAGCCCUGGCGGGAGAGAAGAGACCGGGACCGGCUGGCCAGACGAGCAGCGCCUUCCCGGGGCCCUGGGAACUCCGGGACCGUGCCCAG